CAAUACGACCCGAUAGUAUUCCUCUAGACGGUAGAAUAUACAUGUUUACAUACCAGUUGCAUUAGUUAUUGUGUUCAUAAUGAAGAAGUUAAUUAAUUUUUCGUUGUCUUGUUUUAAUGUUGGGCUGAAUGUAAUUACACGAGUGUUUUUAAUCGUUUUAAGUGCCAGUGUUUAUCAGGGAUUCAUUAUAGCAGAAGUUUUACUGAAUAAUAUGAAUGUAUGGUACCCAAAAUGUUUAUCUAAAAUUGUAGAAGGUAUUCAAGAGAACAUAUCGAGACUAACAUUUAUUGUUUUACAGAAAAGCACAACUAAGGUAGUCAUGUUGAACGGAUUCAUGAGAUGGUUUCUGCGUUUCUUGGUAUCCUUGCUGGCAAUAGGAGUGCGCCCUUUAACAUAUUUGCUAAACAUCAAAAGAAAUAAAAAAUGCCCGCCACCAACAAACCCUUUACUGUUCAAAUCGGCUACCACACUGGCUAUGAUGAUCAGAAACAAACAGAUUACAUCAGAAGAAGUAGUAACAGCGUACAUUGAACGAUGUAAAGAAGUCAAUCCAUAUUUGAACGCUAUAGUUGAGCCUCGAUAUGACUUAGCCAUAAAGGAAGCGAAGUGUAUAGACAAAAUGAUAGCAUCCAACGAUCGUUCAACUGAGGAAUUAGCUAAGGAAUAUCCUUUACUUGGUAUUCCUAUGACUGUUAAAGAAAGUAUAGCAGUGGAAGGAAUGAGCAACGAUAGUGGCACGGUGUUUCCAUACAGGAAUCCAGCUAAAAAAGAUGCAGAUAUAGUCCGUAGAGCCAGAGCGGCCGGGGCAAUACCGAUUGCUGUAACGAAUACACCACAGCUUUGUAUGAAUUGGGAGACAUACAACAAUGUGACAGGUUUGACUAUGAACCCUUACGAUCAAAGACGUACAACUGGAGGGUCAUCUGGUGGAGAAUCAGCUUUAAUAGCUUCAGCGGCUUCAAUAAUAGGAGUGGGCUCGGAUAUCGCGGGUUCACUACGACUACCACCUAUGUUCAAUGGUAUAUUUGGUCAUAAGCCCACGCCGAAACUUGUAUCUAUCGAAGGACAUGUACCAGACUGCCUUGAUCCAGAAUUUGAGGAGUUCUUUGCACUAGGACCUAUUACACGAUACGCUGAAGAUUUACCUUUGCUUUUAAAAGUUUUGAGACAACCCACUGGUCCAGAUGUGCCAUUAGACAAACCGGUUGAUCUCACACGUCUAAAAUUUUAUUAUAUGGAAGGUGAUGGUAGUAACGUUACCGACAAAAUUGGAUCAGACAUCAAAAUGGCUAUGGAAAAAGCUAAAGCUUACAUUAAAUCUACCUACAACGUAGACGUUAAAGAGCUAAAAAUAGCGAAUAUAGAGCACAUGUGGGAAAUAAGCGUAAGAGUACUCUUCAACAUACAACACGUACGAAACAUCUUCACGGAUCCAGAGAAACGAGACCAGCUGAUAUCAAUGUGGCCGGAAGUCUUGAAGAAAAUGAUGGGUCUGUCCAGCCAUUCCUUAACAUGUGUCGCUUAUGGACCCGCAAAGAAAUUCUUCGAUGCGUUACCAAAGAAUUAUUAUAAGAAACUUUUAGAAGUCUUUGAAGAAAUCAAGACUGAUUUUAGUGAAGCUUUAUCUGACGAUGCGGUGUUAUUGUUUCCAACGUUCCCAUAUCCGGCACAUUUACACUACAGGAUAUUUUACAGAUUUUUAAAUUUUGGAUAUUUGACAAUAUUCAAUGCUCUAGGGCUACCCGCUACGGCCUGUCCUAUCGGGCUCACAGAUAAGGGCCUGCCUGUAGGUUUGCAAAUUGUUGCGAAUAAAUGUAAUGAUCAUUUAACGAUAGCUGUUGCCAGGGAAUUUGAAAAAGCAUUCGGAGGAUGGACGCCGCCCAAUAAGGAACUAUUAAACAGCAUUAAAACUGCGUAACCAAAGGAAUUAUAUUUUGAAUGAC